AUGGUUAGUAUUUCACAUAAUUCAUUUACUGGCAAUGUUCCUGUUGGCCUGUGGACAUCUUCGAAUUUGAUCUAUCUGAUGCUAAGCGACAAUUUGUUCGCGGGUAAGAUUCCUGAUGAAGUAUCAGGGAAUCUUAAAAGGCUAAAGAUCAGUAACAACAGAUUUUCUGGUAAAAUCCCCAGUGUUGCUUCUUGGAGGAAUCUCACGGUGUUUAAUGCCAGUAAUAACUUGUUUUCUGGCAUUGUCCCUCAAGAAUUAACUGGUCAUCCUCUUCUCACUACUCUUCUGCUUGAUAGGAACCAGCUCAGUGGAGCCAUUCCAUCUGAUAUAGUCUCAUGGAAGUCAUUAACUACACUGAAUAUGAGUCAAAAUCAACUUUCAGGACAAAUUCCAAUGGAAAUUGGUUUUCUACCUAAUCUUCUACAACUGGACUUGUCAGGUAACCGAUUUUCCGGCCAAAUUCCACCUGAGUUUAGCUCCCUGAAGUGUACUUUUCUGAAUCUCUCUUCGAAUAAUCUCACAGGGGAAAUCCCAAUCAGCUUAGAAAACACUGCUUAUAAAAGCAGCUUCCUGAACAAUCCUGGUCUCUGUACCAGAAGCUCAUUGCUAAGCCUUAAUCUAUGCCAUUCCAAUAUCCAAAAAUCAAUAAAAAGUUCAACCCAAUUCCUAGCUCUGAUAUCAAGUGUUUUGGCAACAGCCUUUGUGUUAGUUUUGCUACUCUCAUUAUUUGUUAUCAGAGUCUACCGAAAGAAGCUCAUACUAAAUUCACCAUGGAAGCUCACCUUAUUUCAGCAGUUGGAUUUCACAGAAUCAGAUAUAUUGCCAGGUUUAACAGAAACCAACCUGAUAGGAACCGGAGGAUCAGGAAAAGUAUACCGUGUUGCUGUGCAGCAAUCAGGUCUUGUUGCUGUGAAAAGAAUUCGGAGCGACAAGAAGUUAGACCAGAAACUUGAGAAACAAUUCCAUGCAGAAGUUCAGAUACUUGGUAGAAUAAGGCAUUUCAACAUAGUGAAGCUGCUUUGUUAUAUUUGCAAUGAAGAUUCAAAACUUCUCGUCUAUGAAUAUAUGGAGAGAAGUAGCCUGGAUCAAUGGCUCCAUGUGAAGAAGAUAUUAACAAAUGUCUCAGGUUCAGCCUGCUUGGACUGGCCGACGAGGUUCCGGAUAGCAGUGGGAGCCGCCCAGGGCUUAUCCUACCUCCACCAUGACUGCUCUCCCCCCAUUAUUCACCGAGAUGUGAAGUCAAGCAAUAUCUUGCUAGAUUCUGCUUUCAAUGCAAAAAUUGCUGAUUUUGGUUUGGCCAAGCUGCUGGUUGAGAAAGGAGAAGCUUCAGCAUCUGUCAUGGCUGGCUCUUUCGGCUAUAUAGCUCCGGAGUAUGCCAACACAGUGAAAGUGAACGAGAAAAUUGAUGUUUACAGCUUUGGGGUUGUCCUUCUUGAACUAACAACUGGGAAGGAGGCUCCUCUUGGAGAUGAAGAUAAAUGCCUAGCAAAAUGGGCAUGGCGUCACAUGAGUGAAGGAAGACCUAUAGUGAAUGCUCUGGACAAGGAGAUCACUGAAUCUUCUUACUUAGAUGAAAUGAUAAUUGUUUUCGAACUUGGGGUUAAGUGUACAAGCAAAGUGCCUUCUGAUAGACCUUCCAUGAGAAAGGUCUUACAAGUCCUAGUUCAAAUACAAUUAUCCAGGCGUUAAUGGACUG